AGGCCAGAAUGUCCCACAUUUGAAACAAAUGUAACCUCAAGCACAGACUGCACAAUUAAUUCUACGAAGCCGUCAACAUGAUAUCCUGCCUACUGCUGUUGGUGUGUGCUCUUACCCUAGAGGCGGUGCAACAGUUUCCAGCGUUGGUGGAGGUGGAGGCUGGUUCUGGCGUCAGGUUGCACUGCAAUAUGAACGGAAUGCCUGCUACGUAUUGCUACACCAUUAUUUGGACGAAGAUAGAACCCAAGACCAUGAGCCUCGUGUCCUUCAUGAACACGGCUCCCUUUCAGACCGCUGGUGCCAGUGCGCAGACUGAAUGCUCCUUCGGCCUUCAAAACGCAACCGCGAACGACUCCGGGACUUACUACUGUUUAGUGGUGUACGGCAAAAUGAUCUACAUCGGCAACGGAUCCAAAGUCAUCGUGACACAAGAGAGAAAAACCGCACCCCCACCCAUCGAAAUCCUCCUGCCGCCGGGCGACGUCCACGGACCGUUCGCCCAGCUCGUGUGCGUGAUUCCGGGGGUCCUCCCGCAAGCGCACGUGUCCUGGGUCAUAGACGGGCGAGAGAAGAGCGGGACCACCGAAAGCAUCUGGACGGAAGACGGCAGUGAGACCGUAGAGACCACCCAAAACCGGGUACUGGUCCCCGCGGAGCAGUGGAUGAGAGGAGUGGAGUGCACGUGCGUGGUGGAGUUUGAGGGGAGACGCGUGUCAAAAAGCGUACAAAAUGGAGUUACAGACUACUGGGGGGUGUGCUAUGCCACGGUGGCUGCAUACAGAGUGGUUGUGACGGCCCUCUGUCUCCUGUCUUGGGUUAUGGUCAUUGCAGUGGCCAUUUGUGUCAGCAGAAAACAAAAAAUAGCAAACACAAGAAAUACAUAAAUUGCAGAGGAGAAAAUCUGGAGGUGCUUUUAGGCAGAAAGCAGACUCUCAUCCAGACCAACUUACAUCACUUUUUUUUUUUACAUGCAACCCAUUUAUUCAGGUCAAGCACUCAGCUGUACCCUGGUGAUGCUUCAGCUAGAAACAAGAGCCUGCAGUCGGUUGUCCGAGAACUGAAAGAGAUACACUAAUGCUAGAGUUUUCCACAGUUAAAUUGUGUCUUGUUCUGUAAAGGGAGAAACAGAGCCGACUCUUGGACAAUGCAUUUGUUUACCAUCUUUAACUAUUUGGGGGUGUAUGUGUAAGCCUUGUUUCUUUAGCAGUGCUUUUAUUUGAAUUAUUAGAUUUAUUCUGUGAAUUCAUUAGUUCUGUCAUUUAUUGUUGGUUUGUCUUUCAGACUCCUGAGCAUCAUUUAAGCUUGAUAUUACUGCAAUUUUAUUUCCAAAAAAAUGAGCUCUCGAACAUAUAUAUAUAUGAAUCUUUUUUUUCCAUGAUUCUGCAAAGGAAUUGAGUCCAGUUAACUAGAAAAUCUGGCUGAAAAGAAUAUGGUUUGAUUUCAACGUAACAUUACGCAAUAUUACCUAGGAAUUCAUUCAAUCAAUAAAAUAUUUUUGA